AUGGCGGAAAAAUUAAAGGAUUAUCAAGUUAUAGACGUUUUCUGCGGUGGUACGUUCUACAAAGUGAAACACAAGGUCACAAACAACAUAUUUGCGUGGAAGGCGUACGAUUGCUCCGCGUUCAGUAGCGAACAAAUACAAAAUGUUGCAAAUGAAGUGAAAACAAUUAGUAAAGUGACAUCGAAGAACUUAUUGCGAUACUACGAUACUAUUUUCCACACUCCUUCGAAAACAUUGUACUUUGUCCUUGAAUAUAAUUCAUGGCGAAGUGUGCAGGAAUUGAUAGAAGUUUGCAAGGCCACUGACAAGUUCAUAGCAGAGGGGUUUAUCUGGUACCUGCUUCACGAAUUGGCUCGAGUUUGUAAGGCAAUCGAAGACAUACACGUCCUUAUUGUACAGAAAUGCAUUACGCCCGGAUCCAUCUUUGUGAACGAAAGCGGCGAGUUGCGCAUCAAUUGCUUCGAGCUGUCUCGGUCUACGGAGCCCUCAGACGUAAUGCGUCAGGUCGCUGAAGUAAUUCACACGUUGUGCUACCGGCCCGGCACUAACAAGAUUAAGGAGUUUCCCUACAGUGAUGAUCUCAGGGACAUUGUGGGCUUUCUUGUGGAUGAGAAGAGUACCAAUAUGCGCCCUGAUGUCGUCCUAUACCAUCCUACUGUUCUUAUGAAUCUGGAAUCCAAAGUGAAGCCUAAAUGUUUGAACGAAAUAAUCAUCUCGGGUGAUCACUCUUACAAUACAUCUGAAGUGAAUAAAUGUGACUCAGAGAAGGCUGGAGAGUUAUGCAGAGCUGUAGAGCCUCUGCCCAGGACACUAUUCAAUGUUAUGGACAGUCCUAUUUACUGUAACAUCAGUCCAAAGAGAAAAGCUGAGAUACAAACAGCUGAGGCAAGCUCGCCAACCGGUCCCUUGUCUCCUACACUGGCUGCACUCGCUCUGGAGUUACCUGGCUUUGUCCCUCGCAGCAGGAGACCCUUCACAGACACAUUGGAUACAUUCAACUGUCCCCAGCAAGUGUCUGAAGAAACUCUCAGCCAGCAAUGGAUGUCACGUCUGAUAGCGCUUCGCCACCGCGAGGAGUCGCUCAACAAGAGAGAGAGGGAUCUUGUAGCCAAGGAAAUAGUGAACAGUCCAUCUACCAAAAUUGUGCCAAGCAGGGCCGCCUUAGACUUGGCAGGUGAGAGUGAAAGUAACGGUAUAACUUUGCCUCUGAUGCUAACACAGGCUAAAGAUGAUAGAAGGGAUUGGGUGUCGCGGCGACGACGCCCACGAAGCACCUCAGCGCGCUCCAAGGGCCGCAGGAAGAGCUGUGGCUAUGAGGACCUGGAUAGCUCACUGUCAGCCGAUGCCGGAGAUGGCAGCAUCAUCGUGACUGGCGCCAAGUUCACAGCAGACAACAUGCCGCGCCGCAAAAUCUUCCCUGAGGUGUCCACUAAGAAAGUUCACUUCACAUCCAACAAUCCAUUCACAGAGAGUGAUGACAGUGUGACAUUAACUUUUUAUGAGUUGGAUAAUGUGGAUGCAGAAGGCUAUCAAGUUCCGAGGCAGGAGGCUCUGGCUAAAGACAUUGGCAGAUUCAAAUACUUAGACUUAAAAAAGUCUCCUUCUGAAAAAAGAGCUUCAAUGCAGUGGGUUCAUUCAUCUCCCUCUAAGCUAGCUAAAACAAGCAAGAAUGUGUUUGGUGACAUCACAAACAUAAACCAUGGCAGUAUGAGGAAGACUCCCUCUAAAACAAGCCUCACUUCAAGGAGCUCAAACACUUCUAGGCAGUCCAUGUUCUCCUGCAAGAGCCACUGGAGCAUGGAGUCCACCAGUACCAAGGUGAGUGAUGGCAGUAUCUCUGAGAGGACUCGCUCUGCCAUGCGCCAGUGUGCUCCACAGACACCUGUAGCACCACCUGAUGUCAAGAAAUCUAAAAGUCGCAAGUCACUGCUUAACUUUAAAACACCUUUCAAAUUCAUGUCUUCCAGUAAAAUUUAA